UGUAUACAGUUUUAAGGUGUUGUGUUCAGAUUUACACAUGAUGUUUCUUUAGGCCUUCCUUUUGUCAACAUUGGAUAGAGUCACAUGAUUAUCCAAGCUGGUGUUCUAGCAUGUGGGUGGCAGAAAACAAAAUCAAAGGAUUCCAGCUAUGUAGUGUUGAAAUUACCAAGGAAACUCCCUCUUGGUCAGGUCUGGGCCUCCCAACUCCCCAGGAAACCAGAUGCGAGCAGCACCGUUUCACCCCCGCAGCAGGCCAACGAUAGCGGCACCGUAGUCCAGAGGGCAGACACGCCGCCGUCCAACCUUCAUGUCACGCCCGAUAACAACGCCAUCACCAAGGACGUAACCACUCAGCAAGGGAACACUGAGACAGGAGAAGCCACUCCAGGAGACAGCAGCACGUCCACCUCUGCCACCACCACCCCCAGCACCACCCCCCACGGCUCCAUCAGGGACUACAUGAUGAACAUGGACGACAUGAAGAAGAGCUUCGGCAGCUCUUACGCCAAAAAAACUGCAAGACUGGGAAAGGAAGAGGCUGACAAACGUGUCCCCAGCAGCAAGUCCAGAGUUGGUCAGGAAACAGAAGAAGGAACGAACGAAAGAAGAGAAGGAAAGAGCCAAGCUGGAGAAGGAAAGGUUGAAAUUUGAGAAAGAGAAGAUGAAGAUUGAGAAGGAGAGAGAGAAAGAGAAGCAGAGAAUUGAACGAGAGAAGGAAAAGGAAUUACAGAAAAUGGAAAGAGAACUGCAGAAAAUUGGAAGAGAGAAGGAGAGGACAAGGUUCGAGAGACUGUUUCGUUCUGAGAAGACCACCAAGUGGCAGUUUAUUCACCCAAGGCAGCAGAGUGUUCCAAACACUUCCAACCUUCCAGAUGUUUCCCUUGGCUUGACCUCCAGAGGGGAAUGUUCAUCUGAUACAACAGCCAGCAGUCCUGAAAUAUCACAGCUUAGAAGAGGGAGUGAUGACAGCACUGGGAAAAGCUCACCCAAGAUCCAUUGGAGGCGACUAAGAGAUGCAGUUUUGCGAAGGGAAUAUAAGUCAAAAAAGAUGUCACCGGGUUCGCUAGGACUGGAGUCAUGCCAGCCAAUACCAUUGGAUCUUACAUCUGUGUACAAUACUCCAGGUUCACCUCAAGUUGGUCAAAGGACCCAUAGUUUUAGUGAUGAUGACCAGGGUGUGGAUGUGCAUGAGAGGCUGUCCCGAGCCCUGCAGCACAACAUGGAGCUGUGCACGGAGCUGCGCAGGAAGAACCAGCAGCUAGAGGGCGCUCGACGUGACAUGGAGAAUCUGCACGGCAGACUCAAGAUCAUGAGAGAGGAACACAGCAUGCAACUAGAACACUACAGGAAGGCCCUGCAAAACAGCAGCCUGGGAGGGCCUAUCUCAGGACCAACCCUGAAUGAGUCCUGCCUUCAGUCAGCCAUUACUGACCUCAAGAUCCACCUAGAACAGCUGGAGCUGUACACUGAGAGGCUACAGACAGAGAAGGGUGUGCUAGAGGCCAGCAUGCUGCAGAAUGAGGCCCAGUACCAGCAGGCCACAGCCAUGCUGCAGGAGGAGAUCCAGAGCCUGCGACAACAGAACCUCAGCCUGGCCUCCGACAAAAUCAAACAAGGCGGAGCCGUGGCCUCGGACAUCCUGCUGCAGCUGAAGGGUGCGGAGGACCUGGAGAAGGUGCAUGAGUUUGUCCUGGAGCUGCAGACCAAGCUUGACCAGAUGCAGCUGGCCCUGCUGCACCGUGACAAGGUCAUCAGUCAGAUGGAGUGGCGGCUGGUGCAGCGGGAGGCGGCGCUGGCCAUCCUGCGGGCGGAGAGAGACCGGCAGAACGUGGAGCUCAGCUUCCUGAGGAAGGCCCACCGCGCAGGACAGAUCAAACGGUGUGCCAGCUAUGCCGGCCUGGAGUUCCCACUCAGUGUUGAGAACAUAAAGCCCUCAACAUCAUCAUGUCACCCCAGCGCCAGUUUGGAGGGUAAAGACUCUGUGUUCUCGGUCGAUGGGACAGCCACUAGCACCUUGGACUCCACUUACACCUCAAGCACCGUGGAUACAGCCUACACUGCUACCACCCUGGAUUCCACUUACACCUCCACCACAGUAGAUACAACCUACACCUCCAGCACAACCACAACUCUCACUGAAGGCAGCACUUUGGAAAGACAUGCAGUGGUUCCUGAUCGAGAAUUUGAACCACCCUGUACAACAACAGCAGCAGAUGACAAUAUUCCAUCAUCAUCAUCACUGGACACAAGUCUGUUGUCAGAAAUCCUAGCAGCUAUUCCCACUGAGCAGAAAUCUUCAUUAUUAAAACAAACAUCACCAUCAGUUGGAUUAACAAUGGAUCCAUCCCAAGUGGGUGAUAGCAAUGGUAACACAGAAUCAAUCUUGGAUUCUAAAGAUACUGGUAAGGAGUUGACAUCAGACAGAUCAUGUGAAACCACAUCAGCAGCAGAGGACAGUCUUCUGUCAGCCAUCAAGCUCAUUGAGAAAACACAGGAGAUGCUGUCCAUCGACCAGGAACACAGUACGGAGAUCACAGAGCCUCACACUCCACCAGUGGUCACAGUGGAGACAAAGUUCAGCACCUUCACACGCACCAGUCCGGCCAGCGAAAGCGCAGCUGCUACCAAACAUUCAGAAACUGACCCAAGUUCACCAGACAACCUCAAAGGAAGGCUUCAAAUGGACAGAGGAGCAUCAAGUGGAGUAGGAGAUGGACAUGAAGUGUUGAAUAGUGAAAUGUUUCCUUCAGUUUUGGAUACAGAAGCAGGAGGGGAUGGAAGUGACCAUGCCAGGUCAAGCAUGAGCUCGCAGGAUUCAGACCUUGCCACUGAUUUCUCCCAUCUCUCUUCUAAGCACUUUCUUGGACCUCAGGGACUGAGCCACAGUGACAAACAGGAGGAGGAUGGUGACAGCCCUGUCAUGCGUCCAUCUGAAACAGCACAGGAGGAAUCAAAGAAACAACUUCAUUCUGAGGCUGGUAGUUCAUUAGAAGGAAGGGAGACAUCUUCUGAUGAGUUGAGUUCCUCAGGUGAACACUCGGUAGGCACCGUUAUAGAACAGAAUCUUCACAUCUCAGAAGAUUCUGAUAGCGGUGAUACCACAGGACAGCCUGGGGACACUACACCACCUGCUGAUGAUACAACUCAAACUACUGACUCCCGGAAAGAGUCCUCUGAUGUUCCCAGUACCACGGCUGCAGAUGCUGAAGGUGUAGAGAAAACAGCUGGGAUUUGUUGCAAAUUAGAUGAUAAAAGUCAAAACACUUCCCCGAAAGAGAAUGAAAGCUGCUUUGCGACGCCUCCUAGAGGUUCUGUAAAGCCUUACAGCACAGUUGUCAUGAAACCAGAGUUCCCCAAGUUCAACUCACCAACUUUCAAGGUCACCCCUGUAGUGUUGCAUUCUGAGCCCAAAUCAGUCACAGAGCAGACCCUGUCCCCAACAAACGAAUCCUCCCUUCCUGCUUCUUUAACCAAUGAAAAGGAACAGACUGGUACGGACAAAAGUCAGUCUGCUGUAGGAGAGGACAAAGACCCAACGUUUGAAGAAAUAAUUCAAGAGUUUACUGAGUACAACAUGGCCAUGAUGGACGAGAAAAAAGAGGAGAUUAACAACAAAGAUGAAAAAGAGAAUUCAACACCAGAAAGUCUGAGACAAGACAUGGAACAGGACACAACUCGCAAGAUGAUGAGUGAAACACUUACAGAGGUCAAACCUGAAAGUCAAGAAAAAGUCGCCCCUAGCAAGAAAAAGGUAAAGAUGGAAGUGAAGGUAACAGAUGAUGGUAAGGGAAGUGUGGCUCCUUCUGUGCCCUUUAUCAGGGUGUAUGUACGGGAGAACACUGAAUCUGACCAGGUCAAGGCGCCGUUUGGACCAGCCUUUGUGCCUAAGGCUGACAACGGCAGAGGAAAUGGCAAGAGAAAGGCAGAAAAGUCUGUAGCAAAAAGUGAAGUGCAAGGAGAGCCGACCAAGAAGGUUAGCACACGGGAGCCCAAGAGGAAAGUUGGACAGUCUGGUUCAAACAAGAUACGGCUGCUUCAGAGGCAGCUGUCAGAAUCAGCAGUCCUGUCAGGGGCUCAGAGUGAUUCUGCUAUUGAUUAUGAGUGGAAGAACCGCAGAGGAACGUCGCUGAAAGAGAAGACACUGGCCAACCAGGGCCAGGUCAAGAACCUCAGUAUGGCCUUUAGUAGUGGAAACUUGAUCCAAGAGAAAAAGAAGGGGCAGACCAAGUCAAGUGCCAUGAGGCACACAGACAAAGUAACCGAGAACAUCCGGCUGUUUCAGACAAAGAACGACCCUUCCCCAGGCUCCAGGCAGAGAAAGGUGGAGUUUUCUCCCUUUGUACGAAGUAUCUCGGAAAGCGAGCAGUGCAUUAGCCAACAAAAUGGAGAGAAAGGGGACCACGAGAAAGAUCGAUCUUCAACGUUUCCGAGAAGAGAGGUCACCGCAAAAGCCACCAAUAAAAAGCUCUCCCGGGUGAUCCCAGAGGAAAGAAGUUCAGAGAGCAGUAUUGACAGUAUCGACAGCAGCAGUUCCAACCCAAGGCGGAAUGGCCUAAAGGGUACAAGAGGACUGAGAAAAGGACUGUCGGCCUCAAAGGAACAUCUGGCAAACAUUGCCAGCGCGCUCAGUGGCAUCGCCCAACAAACCAUCCUCUCCUCAACAAAGAGGAAGAACUCUGGUCCAACAUUGCAUGCUGGGAUGGAAGGAGCAAAGGCUGAUGGGAACAACUCUGUUGCGGAAGCUGAUGCACAGCGUAGGUUGAACCCGCGAGCGAAGAGAACUGUGCAGGAGGUUUCCCAGACUGUCGCUCGCCAGCAUGCCUCCCACUCGCCACAACUCAGCAGGAGGUUUGACUCCUCCGCCGGCCCAAAAGCCUCCUCCAUUGAACAAGCUCGCUGCAUCGCUGAGGGGAAGGUCGACGUGGUGCCACUGUCCAGCAAAGAAGAUGACAAAAAAUUACAUGGAAACAACAUUGUCAGAGUGUCCAAAUGCUGAAAAGAUGGAAAACCCUUCCCUGAGGCAGCAGCAAGAGUCAAAAAGAUGUAAAAUUAUUCUAUAGUAUUGACAUAACUUUGCAAUCAUGGUGGAAAAUUUUAGCGAAUACUAGUCUACUACUUUGUCCCUUGAUAACCAACCGCAGUAUUAUUAAGUCAAGUUGCCAACACUAUGCCAGCAGCUGGUGCUACUUAUAUUGUAUAGAAAUUGAGUUAAUACAUAAUUUAUGUGUUGCUGUACACAUGUACCGGUUUUCUUAUAAUUGUACUUCAAUUAUUCUCUUGUGUCUGUGCCUUUGUGUACCUCCCAUAACAAAUGGUUUGAUUGUUACGUUUGUUGUCAGUAUUCAACUUCUCUCAACUAAGCCCCAAGUUUUGUGCUGUAGUUUAAAUGGCACCCUGCUUGUUUUAUUUGUGAAAUAAAUAUGUCUUGGUUGAUACCAGAAGAAAGUAAAAGAGAAGGUUAAGAUAUUCAGCUAGGACAUGUGUUGUAAAUGACUUGGAACUGUAUUUACCGGUAUUGGUCUUAUAUUGGAUACUUAACGUUAUAUCCUAAAAAAAGUGAAACAGUACAAAACUGUGACCACUUGGUUCCCAUGAACAGAUGAAAAUAUAAGCAAAGAGAGAAUUAUUGUCAACCUGUCUAGCUCAUACAUGUCUGGUUGCUACUGCAACAAUAGUUACCUACAGUGUCAUGUGAACUAAAACUUUCCAUUUGGUGGUUACCUGCCAUCUAAUACAUUGCACAGAUGUUGAGGUCAGGGCAACUGGACAAGAAUGGGCUAGAAGUCGGCAGAAAGCAUAUAAGCCAUAUACUUCAACAAUAAGUGGAAAAAAAGAUUAUAAUUGGACUUGUCUUUGAAGGAAAAUAAGUUAAUCAUUUACACUUGAACAUAGAAACUGAUUUUAAUAAACCCAGACCUGCAAUAUAAUUUUGAACUUCAUAGGUACAGUGUAUUCUUUGUUUCUUGAACAAUUGUAACAUAGAGUGGCAUGAGAAAUGCAUGUAGCAGUGAAAGAAGCGACCAGUGUGUAUUGACUCUGUUCCCUCCCAAAAUCAUGUUUCAUCUCAUAUUCUGGCUAUUUAGCUGUUCUUCAGAAGCUUUAUGUUUCUUUACUCAAAUUUCUUUACAUUUGUUUUGAAUAUACCAUAAAUCAUUGAUAUAAUUGUGCCAAGUUUAGUACAUUUCUUUCAAUAUGUAUAGUGUGUAUAGACAGCUGCAUUGAAUAGUCUUUUUUUAUUUGAUAGACAAAUGAUGACAUGUAGCAAUUGAAUCAUAGCUUUUGGUUCAUUGCCAUUGUAAGUAGUAUUUUUUUUCUCAGUCGUUGUAGACACAUUGUAUAUUCAAGGAGUAUGGACAUGAUGUCGCAAGGCGAAAAUUUAAAUCUUAGAAGAUCCUUUAUGUGCAAACUGACAUUGUGAACGUGCCAAAUGCAAAGAAAAUACCAUAUUAUGAUUAUUUCUUAGCAUAUCCUUGUGUCAAUAAAAUGUAGAGGCAAUU